AUGAAGCGAUCGAACAGUAAGGGGAAAUCACCCAGCGCAACAUCUAGUGCAAAAAAGCAGAACGAAAAGCGGCCCUCACAACAACAACAGCUCACCCGGCCGAUGAAAAACUACUAUUUCCAACGGAUGACGCAGCUGUCGUUAGAGAACAAUUUUAUCGACAGUUUGGACGGCUUUGAACUCUUGGAAAAUCUCGUCGAGCUGUACCUGUCGAAUAAUCUGCUGGAAGAAUUGAGAGCGGUCUUAACCCUGAAAAACUGCGCGAGACUGCGGGUGUUGGAUUUAUCUGGGAAUCCGCUGUGUAGUGGAGCCAGUUCUUCGGGGGAGAACAACGCGGGAGGCGGUGGAGGUCAAGACGACGACUUUUCGGAUAACGAGACGAUUGGAGGGC